AUGCGAGAUUUUUCCUUUUCUCUGAAGGGCUAUUUUGGAAAAGGUAUCCUUUCAAGAAGUCGACCUGUGUACAGCAUUUCAGAUCCUUUACUGGUUACAAAGUGGCAAGGUGCUAGCGUAAACAUGCCUAUAAUUACGUCCAAAAAGUACCAGUGUCACGUUCAGUGGGCUAAAAGUAUUUUGCAAGAGCAAGGAUUGGAUGACUGCUCGGUUACCAAAAUUAUUGAAAAUUACACUAAGCCUCUUGAGCUGCCACUUUUGGAAGAGGAUGGAGCUGAAAAAAACAGUAAUAGCUGCAACAGAAUGGGCCCAAAUACAGAAAAUACGGAACUUUCCAGACAGUGUUCUACAGCUACUGGAAAUGUAGUAGCCCAAAGUCCUGAAAAUCAGAAUGAAGGCUGCAGGAAAGCCUGUUUGGAAGGCGAUGCAGCGUUUGAUCUCGUGGCCAUGUGUGGCUCUGAAGAACAGGAGCAAGGUGACUUGAAAGAAAGAGCUGAAGUGUCUUGCCUGAAGCAUGGUUUUCUUGUGCACUGCGGCUGCAAGGCUAAGGAGAGCACUGAGCAAAGAUCUUGUGAGAUGGUCAAGUCAAAUGAAUGUGCUCCAGAAUAUGUAUUGGUGCAAGAGGAAGAAGAAGGUAGCUUAUGUCCUGAAGAUGAUGCACAAGAAAGUCUUGUCAAGAAGGAAAGACUAGUAUGCAGAAGAAAUCCAUUUAGGAUUUUUGAAUAUUUACAACUCAGUUUGGAAGAGGCUUUUUUCCUGGUGUAUGCUCUGGGAUGUUUAAGUAUUUGUUAUGGUGAGGAGCCCCUAACUAUUUUGAAGCUAUGGGAAGUUUUUAGUGAAGUGAAGCCCAAUUUUAAAACUACCUACAUGGCAUAUCACUACUUCCGCAGUAAGGGUUGGGUCCCCAAAGUUGGACUGAAGUAUGGAACUGAUCUCUUGCUGUAUCGAAAAGGCCCCCCCUUCUAUCAUGCAAGUUACUCUGUCAUUGCUGAAUUAGUUGAUGAUAAUUUUGAAGGUCCUCUUCGCAGACCACUCAACUGGAAGUCCUUGUCUGGGUUGAACAGAACAACUGUUAAUGCUUCUAAGGAACUUAUGUUAUGCUAUUUGAUUAGACCAUCUGACAUGACUGAAAAAGAGAUGUCGACACCAGAAUGUAUGAAAAGAGUUAAGGUUCAGGAACUGAUUGUAACUCGCUGGGUUUCUUCCCGUGAGCGCAAUGAGCAAGAUGAACUUUGACUGUAUAGGAAAACCUUAAUACCAUUUCUUUUUUUUUUUUUACCUCAUCUUCUCAUGCUGAACCUUUGCCUUGGAACAGUUUCUGUUGACAUAGUCUGUUGGUAUGUAUAAAUGCUAUUUAAAAUUAGGUAUAUCCUCUUUACUGGAGAGAAUGUUGUAUUGAAAAACAUAACUAUAAUAAUGUAUAUGAAGGGGAAAAAAAUUAAAGCUGUGUCCCAACUCAAAAUACUUGUUUGUGUUAUUAAAACUUCCAGACGUGCAGUGAUGAGUAAUGGUAUUUUUAAUGUUCUGACAGAUCCAGGCAUUAGUGCUGAACAGGUCCUAUGGCCUGCAGGGCCACUGAAGUCCAAAACCUGAAAGUCUGCCUGCAAACCAAAGCAAUGAGGGAUCAAACAGUUUUCUGGGAGUACCUCACUGGUUCUUCAGAGUUGAACUUGGGAAUUGUAAGGCUAUCUUCAUUUUGUAGCUUGGCACAGGGUCCUACAUUUCUUCAGAAAGGAGGAUUUAAACUUGAUAGUCCUCAAGUUUAAGCAGUAAAUACAAGGAGUCAAAAAACCUUUUUGGAUAACUGUGGUACCAUUCUUCAGACAAAACCUGACUUCAUAGCCUUGAUGAAGUUGCACAAAUUCAGAUUUGGGGACAGAUUUGGUAGUUGCAGUAUUGAGCAUUAUAACACAUUGCUGUUAGGUGUCUAGACCCUGGAAUUUAGUGGCUUAUUUUCACAAGCACUGCUCAGAAUUGAGGAACUCUUCCCAGAAUGUGCAGAGAUUUAAAUUCUUUCUGGGAUCUGAGCACCUAACAGCAAAGUGAGGUGUUAGAUAUCUUACCCAAACAGGGAAAAGUGCCUUUCUUCCCUUGGGAUUUGCAGCAUAAGGUUCCUCCUUGACAAUAAGGGCACAAUCUUGCCCCAUGACAGCAAGAUGCCCUGACCACAAGUCGAUGCCCUUUACCUUUGUUGAAGGUGGGUUACUGUGCAGAAAAUAAUGAAGAUCCUGCUGAGCUAGUGAGAGAAAGUCAGUCUCUCUCACUUGGCAAGUGUCUGUUUCAUCACUGCUUUUUUUCUCUCCUAUCCAGCAACUACAAUAGUCUACUUUUUUUUUUUUUUUUUCAUAGUGAACUUGCCCUGGCCUAUCACAUGUUGUAUAACAGAAUGGGACAGACCACUGCGUUUUGUAUGGAGUGAGGUACAUGCUGAGCAGUUGUGCCUUGCUACACUAGGUGCCUGAUGUUUUCUGAUUUUUUUUGUAAGAUUUAAUAAUCUAGAUUGGAGGUUCCUAAAUAUAAUGUUUACUAUUGCUAAGCCAUAUUUGGAAAACAAACAAACCAACUCAGCAGGUAUUCAGUUGUCUUCCAGAUAGAGCCAGGAGGUUUAAGUAUCAACUACACUGCAUUUUAAGUAUUGCUGGUUUAGAUUCAGGCAUUUGAAUUUCAUCUUAGUGUUUGAACAAUAGUUUCCUUGCUUCAUCACACUGCUAAGAUUUUUGUUUUUCUUCCCCCCGUGUUGUGAGAAAACACAUUUGCUACAACAGUAAGGAUACAGUACAGCUGGUGACAGUGACACUGUUUUGGAUUUUCUUUGUGCUGUUUUCAUUCACUAGAAAAGGGAGUUUGCUUCCUGAUCACAGGAAAUUUUCCAGGGCUGGUAAAAAUUCUGUCAGCUUGGACUGUUCCCAUCAAACACAAAACCACACAGAUAGUAAUGAUGAAUGUAGGAAACUACAUACAACUCAAAGGGGAAGAUCUAGUGUUUGCUUUCAUUUAAUACAACUUCUGCUGGAAAGAUGUAAAAUGAAAAUGUUAAUUGCAGAAUAGCUUUUUCAAGCCGAACAGGUAUGUAUGUGUUGACUGUAUGUGGCAAGGUGUUCUAGCUGCAGAUGACUGUACUUCAUGUUUCAGUACUGUUGUACCAAAUAACUUAGUUGUACCAUAGCACUGAUACUUGCCAUUGCAUUUAUUUUUUACCAAUUAAACUACAGUACUUAAAUGAA